GCUCUUUUUGAUCAUGUCUCAAAGUCAGGAUUUGAAGUAUCUACCAGGCUUUGGAAGUGAAUUUGAAUCAGAAGAUCCAAGAUGUCCUGGGGUCCUUCCUAAAGGCCAGAACAACCCCCAGAAAUGUCCAUAUGGUCUCUAUGCUGAGCAAUUGUCAGGAAGUGCAUUCACUGCUCCAAGAGAAAGCAACAAACGAAGCUGGCUCUACAGGAUCAGACCAUCAGUUCAGCACAAGCCAUUCUCCAACUUCCCUAGUGGUAACUUUACCAACAAGUUUGUCGAUUGCCAUCCGAACCCUAACCAGCUAAGAUGGCAUCCAUUUGAUAUCCCGAAGGACUCAGAGAAGCAAGACUUUGUGUCUGGAAUAAGCACAGUGUGUGGUGCUGGUGAUCCCUGCUCCAGACAUGGGAUAGGAAUACACAUCUAUGCAUGCAAUACAUCUAUGACUAAUAAGGCUUUCUACAAUUCUGAUGGAGAUUUUCUCAUUGUUCCACAACAAGGAUCUCUCCACAUCUACACAGAGUUUGGUCAGAUGCACGUUGCACCGAAUGAGAUUUGUGUGAUACAGCAAGGGAUACGAUUCUCUGUCAACGUUGAGGGCCCUAGUAGAGGGUAUAUCCUAGAGGUCUUUGAUGCUCACUUCAUAUUACCAAAUCUUGGACCAAUCGGAGCCAAUGGAUUAGCUAAUCCAAGAGAUUUUCUCCAUCCAACUGCCUGGUAUGAAGAUCGUGAGGAAGAAUUUGUUAUCAUCAGCAAGUACCAAGGGGCACUAUUUUCUUGUGAGCAAGGACAUUCUCCCUUUGAUGUUGUUGGUUGGCACGGUAACUAUGUGCCAUACAAGUAUGAUCUGAGCAACUUCAUGACAAUUAAUGCAGUGUCCUUUGACCAUGCUGACCCUUCUAUCUUCACAGUGUUGACGUGUCAGUCUGUUAGACCUGGGGUUGCUAUUGCAGACUUUGUCAUCUUUCCCCCACGCUGGGGGGUGGCAGACCACACAUUCAGGCCCCCCUACUACCACAGGAACUGCAUGAGUGAGUUCAUGGGGCUAAUUCAUGGCAACUAUGAGGCUAAGGAAGAGGGCUUUAGGCCAGGUGGCGCCACUCUACACAGCAUGAUGACACCCCAUGGCCCUGAUGCAAAGUGCUUUGAUAUGGCAAGUACUGCUGAGCUGAAGCCACAGAGAGUUGCAGAGGGCACCAUGGCAUUCAUGUUUGAGUCAUCACUCAGCAUGGCAGUUACAAAGUGGGGGAAUGAGACAUGUGAAAAAGUGGACAAGCAAUACUACAAAUGUUGGGGGCCCUUGAAGAAGAACUUUGACCCCAACUGGAAACCUGAAAGUUUAAAGGAUGGAGCAAUAGAUGGACCAACAAAACCUGCCAAGCAUGCUAAGCAUACUGCCUAGGGGAGGUGCUAUUGAAAAUGGACAAUAAAGACAAGGAAGACAGUUAGUACAUGUACGCUGUAUAUACCCUAGUUAAGGUCUCAACAAAAACUGGAUGAAGAAUAGGUGACAAGUGAAAAAUGUUGGUGGUGAAGGGUUCAUUGUAUGAACAAUUUUAGUUCAGAAUUCAGAUAUUUCUUAUGAUAUGCUACAAAUCAUAUGGCAGCUAU